AUGCAGCAGAAUGCAGCAGAAUCGUGCUCCCUGAAGCAACUUGAGUAUCGAGUGUUGAGAGACCCUUGCAAGUUGGAAAGCAUGACUUCAGAAGGUACCGUCCAGGCCCCCGCACCAAACCCUAGCAACAUUCCUUGGGAGAAUGUUCUGGCAGAACUGGAGGGGGGUGGGGAGGGGGAGGCGUUCAAGGGGUUGGAUCGUCUCGCCAGUUUAGAUUUCGUGUCAGACCUCCUGUCAUCCGAGGGUUUCGAGAACUUCAAACCCCCAGGGCAUGAGGAGCGAAAGCUAACCAGGCUUGCCAGCUUAGAGUUACUCACAGAGCUCUUUGAUUGGGAUGGGGGGCUGGCGGAGGGGCAGGCGGCCCCACUGGAAGGGGCAUCGGGGGUGUCGAAUGACUGGACGGAUGAGGGCUUGCUCGCAGCUCUUGGGGAUACUGGAGAGGGGGCUGCUCACGUGAUCGAGGGGGAGAGUACGGGGGGUAGCGGGGAAGGUGGCAAAAGAAGUUUGGAGAGCGGGUGGGCCUCUGAAAUUGGUGGGCAAGAUGGCUCCCCGGACUUCGCUCCGCCAAGCGCUGACCAGCAGUUGCAAUGGGAAGCAAAGAUGGGAAAGGCGCCCAAUGCUGGCUCACAGGCGCAGGCUUGGAAGCGCAGCGAUGCAGCCUAUUAUGCACUCUCAGCCCGGCCGCCCUUCCAAAGUGCCGUCUCUCGGCGGUCCUCCGGCACCCGCCAAACCGCCUCUUCCGGCUCCCGCAAGAUCGGCCGCCCGAUGCUGCCCUCGACCCCGCCCCCCCUGGAUAUGCAGGACCCCCUCGCGGGCCCCCGUAUGCGCUUCACUCCCCAGCAACAGAAAGCGCUCUACGACUUCGGGGAGAGCAUAAAGUGGGCAACGCCCGGGCUAGAGAACGAUCCUCGGGCACAGCAGAUGUGCGAACUGAUCGGCAUGGGGAUGCGCCAGCUCAAAAAGUGGAUCUCGAACCACCGGCCGAAGGAACACAAGCCCCCCGUGUCGCACCCCCCCUGGAGCAUACCGGCGGGGCUGAUCACAGAUGGUUCGCACCCCCCCCUCAGUAGAGCGGCGCUCGCAAGCCUCGCUGCCGCGCAGGCGGCUGUGAUGGGGCAGCCGUUUGUCGGUCCGUUUGUCCCCCCCCCAACAGUGCAGGGCCCGUUCCACCCCCCGGCCCCAGGCCAGUGGCCUCAAGGGAUCCCCCCUGCAGCAUUCGUGCCUCCCUUUGGGGCGGGAAUGCAGUUACCUUUUGGAGGGGUGAUUGGGACUGUGGUGGAUGUUCCCUACCAGGUAAACGGGCCCCUCUCUUUCGGGGGGGGUAGCGGGAGCAGCAUAGGGAGCCAGGGGUCGCAAAACGAGGGGGGGCUGGCGAGUGAGGCGUCGAUGCGAGGCGACACGGGGCUGGCCGUGGACAACGUGAAGAAAGUGCUGCGCAGGAAGCUGAAGGACUUCGAGCCGGAGAAGGUCCGGAAGUUGUUCGACCUCUGCAUGGAGUACCGUCAAAAGCGCUCGCUCCUCAAAGCGGGGGGCACCUUGUUAGAGGGCCUGGACCCCCCCACUAAGAGGCAGCGCACAGAAGCGCCUAGCCCACUCCCCCCGGUCCUCGCCCCCCCCACCCCUUCUAGCGCCCCCAUUUUAAGCCCAAAUCGUCGGACCUUUCCAAGCGAAAGCGGCGACGAUUCGGAGUUGACGGAGUGUGAAAAGCCGCUUACUGACUUCAACCCGCUGAUCCUCGAGCCCGUCCAAAUUCUGAACCCCAGUGAAGGAAAGCAGACCCCCCUGGAAAAUGGCGCUCCCAGCCAAGCGGUUUGGGACGGGUCGGGAGGCCGAACGUUGAGCACUCUCCCAUCUUUUCCGUCGAUAGAUCUUUCUCACUGGGGGAUCGAGGCCGGAAUCACCUCGGUUAACGCUGACCAGCCCGCAGGAACUGCGGGUGAGAGUCAGCAGCUGACUUCAGCAAUGGCGGGUUUCGCUAACCAGAGUAGUCAAGAACGUCAAACCCCUAGUCACCAAGUCGGUGCCCAUUCACCCCAGUCAAUCCCAGAGCUUGUCAACAGCUUCCCUAACCCGUCCAGAAAUGCUUCCGGCGAUUUCCGGCCUUCUUUUGGAGGUGAGAGGCGGCAUUCCGCCGGACGGAUGGAACGGACGGAAUCGCAGGAGCGGAAGGUCACGGCGGAGCUCCCGGGCUGCACGUACCUGUUCGAGAAGGCGCUGACGAUAAGCGACACCAAUCCGUUGGGAAGGAUCGUCAUGCCCAAGGUUCAAGCGGAGGGGCAUCUGCCUCGGAUGGCCGGCAAGGAGAGCUGCACCCUGACAGUGACGGACGCUGACGGGAAGACGUGGCAGCUCCGCUACAGCGUCUGGCUCAACAACAGGAGCCGAAUGUACGUUCUGGAGCACGCGGGCGACUUCCUCCAAUCGCGCGGGCUCGCGCCAGGGGAUCUUCUCGCUUUCUACCGGGCAGACGACCGCCGCCUGAUCAUCCUGGACAAGAAGCAGAACGAUUCCCCGCCCGCUCAGCCGGGCUCAGACGGAGGCGCGGCCGCGAGCGGCUCUGGCGCCCGCCGCUUACCGAGCGGUCAUUCCGGGGCGUUCAGCGCCGCCGAGAUUACAGACAGUCAAAAGGUCGAAGUCGACCCUCUUUUGUUGCAUGAGUUGAAGUCGUUCUGAGGGAACAUACGUGGUAGUCGAGCUCAUCAUUUAGGGGUAGGGAUCGGGCGGCUGUAGUGUGGAGUAGCACGCUUGUACAGGCUGUUGAGCAUCAAUCACGGUAGCAUAAGAGUCAUCGGCUUUAGUGUUUCAGUCCGUUCAAAUCAUGUGCGGCUUGGAUGCCUGGGGUUGAUCUGCAUGAGCAUCAUUUGCUUAGGGAUAGUGCGGCUAGACUUUCCGGACGGUCAUGACAGGUAGCAGAAUAAAGGUAUCCUACAAGGUGCGUAUUCUUUGAUUGUUUGUUUCAAGGACCCUAAGCGUCUACGUGGAACCUUUUGGCCCUGCGUCUGCAGGCCUACUUCACGGUAGCAUAAGAUUGUGUAGCGAAGCUAAGGAACACUGAGUCAAAAGUUAGCUACUCUCGCUGCUAAGGAAACAACCUAAUGAAGCACGAUUGUGAGCUAGCCUGCGUACUUACAUUUUGAGGAAUUGAUCAAAUCGCGGUUUCAGAGGCUGCUCAUGAGUGAGGUCACGUCACUCGUGCAUUGACA